AUGGGGACCAAAAAUCAAAAUACCAGCGGAGGGGGCUUCGAACUCCAGUCUCAGGAUCGAUCCUCGAUAUCCAAAAAUACGCCGCCUUCACCACCACUAGUGGCCGACGAUGCCAACUUUUUCGUCCGUAAUGCUAGAAAAGUGUAUCACCCGAUUGGUUUCCGCAAGGGUUACAACUUUUCCUUCUGGUUCAUCUGCUGCGGAGCCAUGUUAGGGUUCUGUGCCGCCCGCGCAAUGUUCCUCGACAUUGAAGGGGUAUUCUUUGAAUCCACCCUCCUCGCAGAAAAAUACUGGUACUCAAACUUCUCCCUCUACCGCAUCGGCAUCACCAUCCAUCUCGCCUGCGUCGUCCCCGCCGGAAUCCUAGUAUUCUUCCAAUUCAUGCCCGUAAUCCGCUACAAAGCACUUUACCUUCACCGUAUUAACGGAUAUCUCAUCAUACUUCUUAUCCUUAUCGGUAACGCAGGGGCACUCAUGAUCGCUCGUCGUGCAUUCGGCGGUGGUGUUGAGACUCAAGCUGUGGUUUAUAUUCUGGCUACGAUGACUACAACGAGCUUGUUGCUUGGGUACUUCAACAUUAAGAAGCUACAAAUCGAGCAGCAUAGGAAGUGGAUGAUUCGAGCUUGGGCCUAUUUGGGAGUUAUCAUCACCAUGCGAUUCGUGAUGCUUAUUGCCGCUACUAUUAUUAAUCAGAUGGGAUCAUAUUGGAUGGGUGUAACAUGUGGAGAAUUGGAAUUCGGGUUUAUUGACGGGAAUAAUACAAUCGCGGCGGAGACAGCUUUCAGAGCGAGAUAUCCAGACUGCAUUGACUCAAAAGGAAUGAUUUUGUCUGAUAAAAACAUCGCGAUCCAGGGUUUGACGGAUGGAAGAGUGGAGGAGGCUGGUGUGGGUUAUAAGUUGGGAUUUGGAAUGGCGGCUUGGGUAUGUCUUGUUUUACAUGCGGUGCUCGCAGAGGUCUAUUUGGCUCUUACGAGUAGGGAAACAGAAAGAUUGAGGAUGGUGAGCUAUGAGAAGCAGAAGGCGAGGGGUUGGGCAAAUCCUGGAAGGGAGGGUUUGACUGCAGAUAGGAUCGAUGGUGUGCCUUGGGUCCCGAGACAAACAGAGUAA